UCGCUUUUCUGGUGGUCGCCUAGUUCUUAAACGGAAAUACUUCCUCGUAAAAGUUUGCAUUUAAUAGUUGCAGCGCAUUGUGCGUGUUUCAAAAUCAGAGUAGGCCAAUUAAUUAAUUUAUUAUUUUUCUCCAAGUUUUCUUUUCAGCGUCUUUAGGAAAAAUGUCAGUUGGCGAUGUUAACAAAGCCGAAAAACCGGUUUCGACUCUCUGGGGUUGCGAGCUAAAUGAGAACAACAGGACUGGCAAGUUUAAAACCGAUGAUUCAAAGCAUCAACACCAGCUUGCACUGAGGACCAUGUGUUUGGGUGAGUCCGCGAAGGAUGAAUUUAAUAUCGUUGAGCUGAUGACGGGCGAAGAUGAAAGCAAGGCGUUUCCGAUGGCGACGCUGCGAGCUUCCGGAAUGCCAACGGUGAAUCUCUCUGGUGUGGACUUGCACCCUCCAAUAACGUUCCAUUUGAAAUAUGGCUCUGGACCAGUGUAUAUAUGUGGAGAACAUGUUGCCUUGGAGGAUGAUUACUUGGAUGAAGAGAUGGAUGAGGAAGAAGAGUUGGCUGAAGAGGAAGAGGAGGAUAUUGAGGAGUCUCCCCCCAAACCUCUUAAGAAACCAGCAGCUAAGAAUGGAGCAGGCAAGAGAAAGAAGCCAGAGGAAGCGGACGAAGAGGGCACAGUCUCUGAUGGCGAGAACCCCCCUAAAAAGGCAACAGGAAGAGGGCGAAAGCCAGCAGCGAAGAAAGUCUGAAUUCUGGUAACAUUAAAACUUUCCUGGACUUGAUGCAUGGUUAUGGUACUGGUUUGGGGAAGGAAAACUGGUGGCCAUUCAGUAAAAGUUGACCGUUGGACCAGACCAGAGUCUCGAGUCUGAAGUGUGAAGAAAGCUUUGUUUUGGCCUGGUUGACAUGACUGCCUCACAUAGGCCUAGGUCUGCUUCUCAAAUGUUGUACAGUUUAUCACAAGGUUCAAUAAAAUUGAAUGCCUGUAGCCUUCUAAGCAUCAAUAGAUGGCACCACUUAUGUUUACCAUUUACAAACUUGC